CCAAAAUAUGAUAUCCGGCUAUUUUAUUCACUAUGACAAGAGUGACACUAUUUAAGAGAAUACAAGCAUGAAAUCUCUGAUAUUUUAUUCUGAAAAACUUAGAUUAUUUGAAAAGUUAGUUUAUAUUCUAGAUUAAGGAUUAAAAUGUUCAUUACAUACUUAAACAUGAGGCAUUUAGCUCGUUGAACCUUAACACUUAAGUAUAAUUACUCAAUGUUCUAUUAAAAAUAUUUCGCAGUUAUGUCAUUCUAACUAUAUUUUUUCAUACAAGCGUAACAUUAAUUUAUAAUCAUACAUGUAAUCUAAAAGUUAUUACUUUUAAACUAUGCAAACGAUUAUAUCUACUCAGGAUAGAGUUCGACGGGGAAUGCUGGUAGGCGGUCUAUGCUCCUUCAUGAGGGGUAACGAACGUAAUAAUGAAAAAGAUUAUUUCUAUAAAGAAUUUUAUCCAAGUUCAGAUAGAUAUAAUGAUGAUUAUUCACAUGGAAAUUAUGAAGGUUAUAAUGAAUACUCACCGUAUAAUGAUUAUAAUAACGGGAAUGAAUAUAAUUACUAUUUGAAUGAUGGUUAUAACAACUAUGAUUAUAAUUAUGAAGAUUAUUCACACCAUGAAUAUGAUGACAAUAAAGAACCAAGAGGACAUGACGAACACUCUGACUAUAGAUACCCUCCAAAUCCCCAUGAUCACUAUGAAACUAAUGAAGGAAAUAAUUAUGAUGAUAAAUAUCCUGAUCAUUAUAACAAUCUUGAUUAUUACAAUAAUUACAAUGUUGGAGAUCAUGAUAAUCAUCGAACUUCAGAUCAUAAUAAUCAUCAAACACGGGGACCUGAUUAUCAUGCUUAUCAAAAACACGAAAGAGAUACGUUCAGAUAUCAGGACUAUGUAUUAAAUCAUUGGAAUAAUCACAAACCAUAUACAGAUUAUGAAUAUCAAUAUUACCGAGUGAAACCAAAUCAUUAUGAUGAGUAUUCGGAUAACGGUGUAGGAAACAAUAAACCUAGAGGAGAAAAUCCAUCCCAACGUACUACUAUGAAACCUGAUACUGAUGAUUUUAAUUUUUGAUACAGAACUUCUUAUAUAACAACAUUAUUUAUUUUUCUCUAAAUUGAUGUAUUGAUAAUAUAAUAUCAUAAGAUUAUGUAUCCAUAUUUUAGGUUGCGCAAUAGGUUACUGCUAUCCAUCUUUUUAUUAUCCAUAAAGCAUA